AUGCUGUUGACUUCUUUCUUUCAUAGCCUCGCGCUACCACUCUUUGUAUCAGCCUCUCAGAAAAACUUAAAAUCUGACAGAAACCUUCGCUACCCGGAACAACGUGGGCGCGACUAUGACUAUACCGGCUUUGAGCCAGAUCAGAAUAAGCGUGCAGAUGAGAUUGUUGAGAUGUUCCGCUUUGCAUGGAAUGGCUACUAUACACAUGCCUUCCCCCAUGACUCCUUGCGACCCAGGUACAGCAACUAUACAGAUGAUCGUAAUGGAUGGGGCGUCACAGCUGUAGAUGGUCUCGACACUGCCAUCCUCAUGGAGCAGACUGACAUCGUUGAUACAAUUCUCGAUUUUAUCCCCACUAUCAAUUUUACCAAGACAAAUACUCCGGAGCCUAGUUCAGUCAGUCUUUUCGAGACUAACAUCCGCUAUCUCGGUGGUUUGCUGAGCGCAUACGAUUUGCUCAAGGGUCCGUUCCGCCAUCUCAAGAUUGAAGAGAAGAAGAUUGAUAGGCUGCUCGCGCAAGCCACGACACUAGCCGACACUCUCAAGUUCGCUUUUGACACACCUACUGGUAUUCCCAUGAACGACACCUUUAUUGAGAACAGAACUUCCAGUGAUGACAGUUUGACGGAAGAUGGAAUGCGAACCACAAGCUUGGCUGUGAUGGGUUCCCUUGUUCUCGAAUGGCAGCAUCUCUCAGAUCUGACUGGAGACCCCCAAUAUGGAGAACUUGCCAAUCGCGCUGAAGAUUACUGGCUUUCACCAUCCUCAGAAGUGUGGUCUGGGCUCACAGGUGGAAACUUCAGCAUUGAGACGGGAGAAAUUCUAGACAACUACGGAGGAUGGACAUCAGGUAAUGACUCAGCUUAUGAGUAUCUCAUCAAGAUGUUCGUCUAUGAUCCCGAACGCUUCGGUCACUACGGUGAGCGAUUUACCAAAGCCGCUGACUCAACCAUCAAACAUUUGAUCUCCCAUCCAUCCUCGCGACCAGACUUGACCAUGGUGACGACAUUUGCAGGCAAAGAGCAGGUCAAUUACACAGAAUUCCUCGCUUGCUUCAUCGGAGGUUCAUUCAUUUUGGGAAGCUCAGCUAUGGAUCGCCCUGACUGGCUAGACUAUGGCCUCUCCUUCAGCGAGUAUUGCGCUAACGGCUACCGAUACACCGCAUCAGGCAUUGGACCGACACUGUACAGUUGGGACACAGAUCUCCUGUCGCAGUCUGAGAAUAGUAACCAAACAGAGUUGUAUUCACGCUCAGGCUUUUUUAUUCCCGAUGGUAUCUUCUCAGGUGGUCAAGCCCCAGAGGCGGUGGAGAGCUGGUAUUACGCCUACCAGCAUACCAAGUCUCAGUACUGGCGCGACGUAGCUUGGGCGUACACCCUAGCUCAGAACAGGACCAUGCGUGUCGGUGAUGGAUUUGCGAGCGUGAAUAACGUGCUCUCUCCGUCUGGCGACGGACCUCAAGGGGGCAUCAUGGCUAGCUUCAUGCUUGCUGAGACACUCAAGUACCAAUGGUUGAUCCAGACAGAAAGCAAGGGCGAAUGGGACGUUUUGGGUGGAGAUGACGGAACUAAUCUGUUUGUUUACAAUACUGAGGCUCAUCCGCUAAAGGUUGCUGCCAGGAGACCUGUUUAA